CGAGAAAUCUAGUUAAUUUCCCAACAAAAAAACAGUCUCCAUUAAGAUCAUUAAGCAUUUAUAAACCCUUGUGCUGAGCCUGAGCGGCAGUCGUUAAGGUGUUGUGAAGCUGCAUACUCUCUCCUCCUCCUGAGCGCCGCAGCCCUCCAUCGCUAUUCACUGAAGGGGUAGCCCGACUCCUUUCCGCUCUCCUUCAUUCUGUCUCAGAGGUGGAUGCCAUGCCAUCGGGAUUUCUCAAUUUAUCAGCUCUUUGCGUCCACAUGACAAGCGCGCCGGAGGUAUUUUAAGGGUAGGGGAUCCCUCUUGGUUACGACAUUACGGGCGGCAGAAUGGGCAUAAGACAGAGGCAAUGAUGAGUACGCCCGUUAUCGUGUCCCUUAAUGGCUAUUGACUAUUUGCCAAGGCUUUGAACGACUUCUGUCUCGAAGGCCAACGGUACAUGCUGUCAGCUGUUCGGCCUGUGUGAGCAGAUGGAGAGAGCCCUCCAUCAACCUUAUCAGCUACUGACAGUCAGAUCAAGAUUGAGCCAAUCAGUACCAUGGACCUUUAGGAGCAGUAAUGGCAACUUGCUGUACCUCUCGCUCUGAUUUGAUAGACUUUUAGCAUGCGUUCCCUACGUAAGACUGUGCUGUUAGCUCUGGUAGCAUCAGUGGUGCUGGUUUUGGCAGUGCUACAUUCCUGGCCCACACGGGUCUACAGCACUGUGGAUGUCCGGUACAGACUGGGUCCUGGAGCUGAGCGGCUGCUGGAGGAGAGACUUCCUGAAUCGGAUCCCAGCACCAGCACCAUCCCUUACAGAGUGAGGGAGAGUGUGGCCAGGCUUUUGGCUCGCAACGGGUGUAUUUGUGAAGGAGAAAGCAGAGGGGUCAACCUGCCCUUUGCUCAGCUAUUGUUCCCUAGAGUGUCUGCCCAUCCCCUGCACACUGCCUUCCAGGCCUCCCAGCUCCAUGAGAUGAAGAAACGGCGCGCCAAAGAGUAUCAGAGCUUCCAAAUGAGGUCGCAGACCCCAGCUGAUCUACUGAUUGUAGCUGAAGCUAACAACCCUCUGCAGUACCCAACACAGGGAGUGGAGGUUCGGCCUCUUAAAACUAUCCUUAUACCAGGUUUGGCCUUAAAAGAGCUGCCCCGAGAUGUAUAUACUAUGAACUUUUCAGCAUCACUGGGCACAUUUAAUGUUGCAGCAGAGGUAGAGGGGGUAAAGGUCAGGGGUGAUGGCGAGAUGCACAUGACCCUGAGCAGCACCCUUUUGUCCAGUCUGAAUCGACAGCUCCAGUUUAUCACAUAUACUAACACACUGUUCCACCCCAGCACAGCUGACACAGUGCAGUUAGACACAGAAGGACAUCAAGCUCUUUUUACCAUCAAGAUCCGUCAUGGAAUAACACCCAAACUCUACAACACAGGCUCUGAUGCAGAUAAAGAGUACAACAUCAGUGCUCUUGUGACCAUAGCAACUAAAACCUUCCUGCGCUAUGACAAGCUCCAAGACUUAAUUGACAGCAUACGACAGUACUAUCCAACCGUUACAAUAGUGAUAGCAGAUGACAGUGAGCACCCAAAAACAGUAUCAGGCCCUUAUAUUGAACAUUACAUCAUGCCCUUCGGAAAGGGCUGGUUUGCUGGUCGUAACCUGGCCGUGUCACAGGUCACUACCAAGUAUGUGCUGUGGGUGGAUGAUGACUUUAUCUUUACUGCCAACACAAAGCUGGAGAAGCUGGUGGAUGUGCUGGAGAAAACCACACUUGACCUGGUUGGAGGAGCGGUGCGUGAAGUCACAGGCUACACUGCCACCUACAGACAGACGAUCUCAAUUGAAACUGGAGAGGAAGAUGGGGACUGUCUGCACAUGCGGCGAGGCUUCCAUCACAUCAUCCAGGGCUUUCCUCACUGUGUGGUCACUGAUGGAGUCAUCAAUUUCUUUCUUGCCAGGACAGAUAAAGUGCAGCAGGUGGGCUUUGACCCCCGGCUAGCCCGUGUUGCGCAUUUGGAGUUUUUUAUUGAUGGGCUUGGCUCCCUGCAUGUUGGGUCUUGUGAUGAUGUCAUCGUGAACCACGCCACCAAGAUCAAGCUGCCAUGGGGCCAGUCGGAGAGUGACAAAAUUUACGCGAAGUUCCGUUACCCUCCUGCUUCAUCUGAUGCGAUACACACCAGAAAUGGCCUCUUGUACUUCAAAAACCGCUUCCAGUGUCUUACACACAACUGAACACUCCCUGACUAUGCCUUCUUUCCUUUCUCUCAUCCUCCCUCAAACAAACACUCUCUCCCUGAGGAGGUGAAGGGGCUUGUGAAGACACUGGAAGUGUGCUGUGGAUGUACUGUAUAUGGUCCCAUGUGAGUAUGGGGGACUUCAAAUAGGCCUCUUCUUUUGGAAAGGAUCAUAAUGUGAUCGAACAUGACUGACGGAUGAGAUGCAGUGUUGGCUGAUUAAGAUUUUUUUCUAUACUUGAAGAUGUCUCCUUUCUUUAGCUUUAUUUUUGUUCAAAAGAAUUAUUCAGAUACAGAUCAUAGCAUUCCGUAAUUUAUGCAGAGCCAUCCUUUUCUCCUCAGCCAAUCAUGUUUCAGUAUCACAUUUAAAGGGAUAUUAAGACCAAAAAUGAAUUCUGUCAUCAUUUACUCACGCGGAUAUUAUUUCAGACUUAUUAAGCAGAUGUUCAAGCUCCUUAAAUUAUGACAGAAUUGUUCAUUUUGAUUGAACUAGACCUUUAACAGAUGAGAAUACAGAAGUAGUUUCCUUUGAAAAUGAAAGUCUGUGGAGGGAAACAUUUUUAACCAUGAUGUUUAGAAUUUUUCAAUCCAGUUAAAAGGAGACACUUUCUUUGGGACAUUCACAUGGAGCUCACAUCAGCUCCCUGCCUGGCAUUAAUCGUGUGUGUACUUGUGUUUGUGUGUCUGUGUGCGUUUUAUUGAGGGUCAUCUCUCUGUACGUUUGCACUAAAACAAAUGGACUUCAAUUGGAGAGACCCGACCCUCAGCGCCACUAAAAGAAGGAACAGACUGAACAUCAUUAGCAAGCAAAAACCACAGACAAUCCAACAUAUCACUUUCAUUCUCUCUCUCUCUCUCUCUCUCUCUCACAUACACACUCUGGCCGAUUUAUCAGUGAUAGAUGGAGGGGUGAUUCAUUGUACAUCAGUAAAAUCUGCAUUUGAUAUUUUUUAGUUCUAAAGAGUGACUGUGCCAAAGGCUUAAACACUGUCCUGGUGUGACUUGUUUAUUGUUUGUACUUUUUUUAUUUCCUUUAUUUUGAAGUCUUUUUAAGAUUGUUUCCUAAUUUUAUUUUAUUUUAUUUUUAUUUAUUUAUUUAUUUUUGUAGCUGGAUUUUAAAAGUUCAGUCGGUGGCUUUUGCUAUGCAGAAUGGCUGAGAUAACUAACUUUAUUAAAAUAGAAAAAGCAACAUUGAUAGACCUUUCAGAGUAGAUGAUGCAGAUGUUCAAGUAACAGAAAAAAAUAUUAUCAAAUAAAAUGGUUAAUGAAAUCUUAGGAUAUAUUUACAGCAGCAGCCAAAAAUAUGGACACACCUGAUACUUUACUCAUUCUAAUUAUUUCCCAUAUAUUAUGAUAAAUGAUGUGAUUAAAAUGUACAAAAAAAUAAAAAAAUAAUGCAAUUCUAUACUCUAGCUUCUUUAAAGUUAAACUCUGCCCAGUAAUCCAUUAAAAACUGAAGAAAAAAGUGAUUCGAUAUUUAAAAGACAUGCAUAAAAAGUCACUAUAUAUUCCGCAACAAAAAUUUACCUUUAAGAUCAAAAGGUAAUGAUAAACUAUUUAAAUGUGUUCAAACCUUGAUUUGCAAAUAUUUCUAUAUUUGAUAGAAUUAAAUCAUUAAAAACAAGACCUGGACUGUGUGCAGCCACCUUCUGUAGAGUAAAAGCAUGUAAGAAGCCAGUGUAAUUGCUUUUUAAUCCAAUGUACAGUACAGCAUCCUCAUGCAUAAUUUUAGUAGUUAUAUUUGUCUGCAUAUUGUUUGUUUAAUGUGUGUGUGUGUGUGUGAGAGAGAGAUAAGUGUUUUUGAAACUACAUCAAGUGGGCUUUACAUUGUCGCUCAUGAACAGCAUGAGGCCCUAAUGACGUUUUGCUGCAUUAUCCACUGAACCACAAAUUCUUCAAAUAAUGUUAUGGCCUUGUCAAAGUGUGUGCGAAUAUGUGACUUUCUGUUACAUCCUGUCUAAAAAUUGUGUCAUACAGGAGUAAAUAAGUGCAAGACUGUCCAGCAAGCCUUAAAAGAGGUCAAGGAAGUGAAAGAACACUUCAGUAUAAAAAUCGCAGGUGCAAUAUGGCAAGCAAUAGUGUAAAAUGGAAUUGAAAACUAACUCUUGUGCACUUGUUUCGUAUCUUGAAUGCCAUGUGACACCCCUCAAAGCAGAAAAAAGGAAUGAAAUCCUUUUAAAAAACAUUUUUAUCACUCUCUACCAGUCACUGAGCUCAUUUUAGUCCUGAAAAAGACAAGUGAAGAUUGAAGUCCUGCGAUACUACUGUAAGAAUAGAGCUGCUAUGAUUCUGUUUGGAGAAUGCAUCCAUUUAUCUGCCCUGCAUAUCCAGGUGUAAGCAUGAGCGCAAGAUCAAAAAGGAGCAUGUAAAAGCAUUGGUGUAAGGCUAUUUGACUCUUAUGGUUAGUUUCAGAUGAGAUUAAGGUGAUGGGAGCUUGAACAGAUAGGAAGCUGAAUAUCGAUUUUCUGGCUGCGUAUUAAAUUAGGAGAUUGACUUUUUGAUUAUACUAUUUCUAAAAACCUCCCUGCUUGCCCCUCACUUCACUGCAAUGAUUCUGUCUCCUCAUCUUUGGGUUUCUCACUGUGUCUGCAUGACUCCUAAUUUCUGUUGGUGUUUUGUAUCUCUACCAGUAGGUUGCUAAUUCUCUGUCCCCCUAAAAAAGUGUGGCUGCCUAUCGAUCAUUUUGUAAAGAAAAUAAUGUAGUAUGCAAAAGUCACUUAAAUAUAAAAGAGGAAAAUUAAAAAAUAAACAAUGUUUUUUUUCUUCCUUUUUUGUAAAUGUAAGAAAAAGCAUUUGUUGUCCAAUGGAAUGAGAUAAAGGCUUUGGUGAUAACAUUUUGUUCUGUUUUUCUGAAAAAAUAUUAAGUAAAUCUUGUUAUAGAAUAUAGACAAAGAUUUCAGGGAUAACUUGAAAACCUUUUAAUUGACAGCUUUUGAAAUGAAACUCAGAGUCAUUCAGUGAAUAUACACUGCUUAUGAAAAUGUCUAAAUUGAAAUAAGAAAAAGUAACACAUUGGAUACAACCUAAUAGAGGAUCAAGUACACACCUGAUAUUUAUUUACAGUACCUGACAUGGCAACCAUUCUUGUUAUGGAGUAUUCUUGGAUAUUUGCAGCCAUCAACAUCAAAAUUUGUUCAUAUUUACAAAAUACAUUUAUGUUGGAAAUCAAAAUACAAAAUACAUUCAACUUUGGAAAUCUU